UUAAAACGAAAUUGUUAAACUUAAACAAUAAAUCAAUAUAAUGACAAGAGCGUCCAUCAGUUUUAAAGAGGCUUUCUAUUGGGACAGUUAUGAAAAAAUGUCAGAUCAUAGGACGAAAGGAUGGUUUCUCGUCGAUUCACCCACAGAUGUCGCCCUAAUUGUGUCUACGUAUCUUUUGAUGGUGUGGAUGGGACCGAAAAUUAUGAAAAAGAGGAAACCAUUCAAAAUGAAAGGAGUUCUUAUUGUUUAUAACUUUAUAAUGAUGCUCCUAAAUUUCUUGAUCCUGAAGGACAUCUUCAUAGGAAGCUCAAGACUGAGUUAUCGUUAUCUCUGUCAUCGCAGUAAACUUGAAUUCAAUCCGGAAGAAGAUAGGGUCAUGAAUGCGAUGUGGUGGUUUUAUAUAUCAAAGUGCAUAGAAUUCACUGAUACGUUGUUCUUCAUUUUAAGAAAGAAAAAUGAUCAAUUGAGCGUGUUGCACGUCUAUCAUCACAGUACAAUGUUUCCAAUUUGUUGGACCUCAAUGAAAUGGUAUCCUAGCGGAGCAGCUGUUCGCUUACCGAUGCUAAAUUGCUUUGUACAUGUUGUUAUGUACUUUUAUUAUGGACUUAGUGCAAUUGGACCAAGUGUCAAGAAAUUGUUAUGGUGGAAGAGGUACUUAACACUUCUUCAGUUGAUACAAUUCGUAAUAUCUUUGUCUUGGUCUACGUAUUCACUUCUUCAAGGUUGCAAUCACCCGGCUUGGAUUGACGUGACAAAUAUUUUGUAUAUGUGUUCUUUUCUAUUUUUAUUUGGUAGAUUUUAUUUUUCUAAGUAUUUAAAUAAUGUAAAAUCUAAAUUAUGAUACAAAUAAAAACCUUUCGGAGAUGGUA